CCGGUAGUUCUACACACUACAUACAACAGCAGUGACCUUUAGCCCAGUGCCCAUCACUGUAGGUUACUUGGCGUUCUGCAAGGCAUUACCAGUGAAACAUGUUCCAUGCAGAAGGGCAUAAUUGAACUGAAACUUCCUGUUUUUUCCCUUUCAAAAUUCCCGGAAAUAUUGUUUGCAACUACUCUCGUUCUCUAAAAUUAUACAGAGCCUUGUUUCUGAUAACAGUUCGUUCAUCGUUUGCUUGCUCGCUCACAUGCUUCCACAGCUGAUGGACCCUGGGCAUCGUGGCUUGCUUGCUAUCUCGUUUGGACCCUCUUGCUAUCUUUGACAAUCAUCACACGCCGCCCGCAGCCCCCCAAAAAUAGGCAUGUAUCGAAAUCGCUAUCUGGACGACUGCUACCGUGACGAAAAACUCUUCCUACUGCAGGGUUCCUAUCAGAUUGCAAUAUGCCAUUGUGUUCCGCCUCGCAUGAUUCAGUUGUUCCACCGUAACAAUCACGACAAUCAGCGCGGCCGUAUUCUCGGUGCUUCUAACACCGGCCCUUCUUGCUCCUCGUGUCCCGCUCUUCCGAUCGGGUUCAUCCUAAAUUUCACCGAGAACCCCUAGCCUCGUGCGUGAUAGUUUUUUCUUUGUUGGCUCUGGAUAGACGGGAUGGUAAUUGUAGACACGGCCCAUGCACUGUCAGCUCGUUUUAUCCAAACGGCGAUUGAGAGCUUCGUCAGUCCCCGACGCCGUCAUCAUUCAGCCGUUGGAUGUUGGUGCAUUUCCGACGGGAUCACUUCUGACAGUGCACGUGAUUUUGCACGCCUCAUAAUUGGUCUUCGGCUGUCGGGCGUAUGGAUGAAGUCUUGGUCCAAGUAGAUACGCGGUGCUGAGCAUCUCGACGCAUGCUUGGGGUAUGUCUCAACAAGAUAUUCUCACUAUGAUAGUUACUCUUCUUGUUUCUACGGUCAGAGUAGGAACCCUCUCUACAUUCCCAGAUUACGCCUUAGCUGGAGAGAGUUCGGUAUUGAAGUAUGCCUCCUCUACGCGAUCGAGAUAUACAAGAGAUCAUGGACAGUAACAAACUGUUCCAGUUAUAUGAGGAUUAAAGUUCUUUUUCUCAGGGUGGAAUAGAAGGCUACUAUUGUGGCGAGCCUUAAUUGGCCAUUAUAUCGAAAGUAGCCAUCGUAUGUGCAGCUGGCAGCAUAGGCCGGCACUUUGCGUACCACGGCAUAUCGGUGACAAUAAUAAAAACAGCGUCAUUGCAUCAUCUUUUACCCAAUGCGGUCUGCGCAACAUGCCAAAGGCGUAUCAAUGUCUGUAUCUUUGCCAGAAGAUUACAAGCCCUAAGUAUCCGGUGAUUACUGCGGUUUGCAGACAAUCUCGAAUAUUUGCUCUGGGCCAGGGACGAAUCAAUUUCAUUGGCCUCGAGGUAUUCAAUGGUCUCGUCAGCUAUUCACUGCGACUAACCCGUUGGAGUACCGCUGUCAUUUUCUGGGCCCUCAUCUUGACGUUGGGCGAAGUCCUAGACGUAGAGAAUGAUGGCCACCUUGAAUUCCCCAUGUGGCUACACGAUGUUAUCUACCUGACAAGAACUAGCAACUUGGAACUUUGUCUAGAAUGGAAUCGUAUGGACGAGUGGCGGUUUAGUGGCGGCUGGAACGUACCUGAAAACAAUGUUCAGGCUGCAUUCAUGGCCGAGUUCGCUCUUAUAACAAGUAAAAUGACCAUAGCUAUGGUGACAAGAAUUUUAACCAUUCAUGUCACCCAACAACAAGCUGCUUUAUCUGGUUUAUUCGGUCGAUUGGGUGAGGAACCAUGUCAACUAGUCAGUGUCUCGGAUAUUGAAGGUCUACUGAAGUACUAUGACUUUUGGUAUCCGACGAUACCAAGAGGAACUAAAAAGAAAGUCCUAAAAUGACGUUUUGGGGAUUUGUUCAUGAAAAUAGGAUAGUCAUUGGACACCAUAGAG